ACCGAGACCAUAGAACUCCAACAGAGAGAGACACUAGAUGUGUUUAAAAACGGUCAACCAGAGACAGCCAACAUCGAAUCGCAACAAACAUGGAAAGUCCCAUCAAUCAACAAAUAUCGAGUGCCAGUCACUUUCUGGUCCCUGGCCGUGACAGGCAUGAAUGAUGCAUCAUACGGACCACUUCUUCCAUACCUGGAAACACACUAUCAUCUCAACUACACAGUCGUUUCUCUAAUCUUUCUAUCGCCUNUUGUUGGAUAUACGUUAUCGGCUCUCAUCAACAACUCAAUCCACAUGAAAUUUGGACAGCGAGGGNUGGCUGUUAUUGCUCCCACGGCUCAUUUGAUCGCAUACUUAGUGAUUUGUCUGCAUCCUCCUNAUCCAGUUCUCGUGGUUGCAUUUGUCCUUGCAGGCUUUGGCAAUGGUAUGGUUGACUCGGCUUGGAAUGCUUGGGUUGGCGCAAUGCAAAAUGCAAACGAGAUAUUGGGACUUCUUCAUGGUGCUUACGGUGCGGGCGCAACUGUCGCGCCUUUGAUUGCAACAUCUAUGAUCUCCAGAGCUGGGCUUCCAUGGUACUCUUGGUACUAUGUUAUGUUGGCGACAUCUGUCCAUGCCUUCUGGGAAGCGAAUGGCACUGUCUAUCGAUCUGCGACAUCUGGAGAAGAGCACAGCAAGGGAUCGCUUGCUCAGGUAACUCUGAAAAUGCCUGCAGCUCGCAUCACAUGGCUUUGUGCAGCUUUCCUCCUCUGCUACGUAGGCAGUGAAGUUGCCUUGGGUGGUUGGAUCGUGCAAUUUAUGCUCAAAGUCAGAAACGGUAACGAAUUUGCCAGUGGAAUGGUCUCCGUCGGUUUCUGGCUGGGUAUCACCAUGGGUCGAAUUGUGCUUGGUUUCAUUACUCCCCGUAUAGGUGAAAAACUGGCAGUAUCGCUCCUCUUCUGGCUAGUACCCUCAUUCUACGUCUCGGCCAUUGCAGUCAGCUUCCAAGGCUUCUUCCUAGGCCCUAUGUUCCCUGCCAUANUCGUUGUUACAACAAAAUUGCUGCCAAAGUAUCUAUAUGUACCUGCAGUUGGGUUUGCAGCUGCCUUUGGUGGUUCUGGUGGAGCUAUUUUUCCAUUUGCAAUCGCCUAUUAUCCUGUCACUAUUUGCUAUGCAGUUGGUACUUUGGUUAUGCCUUCCGAGAAUUGGGCGCAAGAAGGACUGAGGAUUGAUCUAAUU